AUGGAUCUUCUCGAGACACAGGUCAGCGAUUUGCGCUCCUUCCUCGGUGCCGGAGCUCUGCCUUCAACAACAACACCCACUGCUACAACAACUUCAUCCCCAAAUGCCAUAGGUACAGCUGCUGCUGCCGCUAUUCAGCAAGGAACGUCUGGCUCAACACCGGGACCUGGUUCUGGAGGCGCUUUGGGUCUGGGUUCAAUGUCGGUGGCAGGGCUGACGGGUGGUGGAAAUGGUGGUGGUGGUAAUGGUGGCCAUGGUGGGAUGCCAUCGAAUGCCGCCUUGUCGCCGCAUUCAUCUACUGGAUACUCACUCCCGAAUCUGAACCCUUACACCACCAGUCACCACCACAGCCAAGUGCAACAACACCAGCUUCAGCCGCUCCAGAGUCACCCGCGAGACUUUGGGUCUCACGAUUUCGCUUCCACCGGUCCCAUGAGGGCGGCUGAAAGCGCCAACCAUGGGGUCCCCCGACCAUCGAUCGCUAGUAGCACAACCGCCUCCCUCGCCAACCAUCAUGAUGCCUACCGUCGCAACUCGUCCGUGUUCUCCCCGCGCGGCGACAAUUCCGCUCAAAAUGAAAUGAACGCUAUGAACUAUGACUCCCCGGCAGCACAGUCGGAUACCCAAGACCACCCUACCGGAACAGUAUCUCGAAACAACAGCACUACCUCGGGCACUGCUGCUAAGCGCAAGGCUGGCGACGACGAUGGCGUUUCAAGCUCUACUAAGCAACAGCGGAGUAAAAGAAAUAGAGUUAACGAGUGCAAGCGCCGGAAAAUCAAGUGUAAUGGCCAGAACCCGUGUCAACGAUGUGGCCAUCUCAACCUCCAGUGUCUCUAUGCGCCCAAUUGUUGCUCGCACAGUCUCAAGGAUUCGGACGAGUUCAAGCAGAUGGCCGACCAAGUGACUCGUCUUCAAGACCAGGUCGAAACUCUCUUCAGCAACAUGAGUGCCUUGCGCCAGGAAGCCCUCCGUCUCGCCCCAAUACACGAUCGCAUCUUGCCUCUGCCUUCUGCGACAGUCACCCCUUCGCCAUCGACGGCCUCCAUACCCCAGUUUCCUCGGCCUCUCGCUGCUUUGCGACCACCUUCGACGUUCAAUGGACCGACUAGCAUUGCCUUUACUGUCGACGUGGCCAAGAACACCUUGCACAAUAUGGGAUACGCCGGUGCUAGCGAGGCGCCCGACGACAGCGGCGACAGUGGUGCGCAGGCAGAACCAACACCACGAACAUCACCGACGCCACUACCCCCGCUGCAAUCAUCAGCCUACCAGAGACAGAUCGAUCCACUGUGGGAGUUUGACCCGGCCGAAAUAAUCCGACUUUGCAAGCUGCACGAGGAGGAAGUUAGCGUCAUGUAUCCUCUCAUGAAGAUGGAUAAUACUAUUCGACAUGCGACCGAGCUCUCCGAGUGGAUGGAGAAAUCGAAAAGACAGGGCUUGGUGCCGCCGGAAGCCCAAUAUGAGGCACUCACCGACGACAGAACGCUUCUGCUGAAAAUCGUUCUUUGUUGUGCCUUGGCUAUUGAGGAACACGGAAACAGCAAGAAGGCAGCUCGGCUGUACGACUCGAUCGAAGCUGUUACCAUGAAGACGUUAAUGAGUGGGCCUGCCGAUGUCACCAAGUUACCCUACUUGGCUCUUGUCGCCGGCUACAAGUUCUUUUCGAACGACGAGCUAGCGGCCUGGCGCAUUAUGGGCCAACUAAUGCGGCUAUGCUUCGAACUGGGUCUCCACCGGCGAGAGGGCAUUGAUAAGAUCACCGACCCCCAGGACAGAAGGAACGCUCUUAAUACGUUCUGGUCCGCUUAUGUGCUGGAGAGGAGGUGGAGCUUUGCUACGGGUUUGCCCUUUGUGUGUCACGACGAUAAGAUCGAUCCCAAGCUGCCCUACCCGGACGAUCACCCGUACUUGCUGGCCAUGAUCACUUAUUCUAGGCUGGCCGCUAAGAUCUGGAAGCUGGUAGACUACUUUGAGCCGGCCGUCAUCCGUGAGCUGAAGCCUCGCGACUUUGAAGAGCUGGACAGCAAUAUCAUCGAUUGGUAUAACAGUGUCCCGGAAGAAGUCAAGAUCAAUUCGCUUGAUCCACUUAAGAUGCCGAUAGGGCCGGCAGGACAUGUCUACGAUACCCAACGUUUGCAGAUCUGGACCCGACUGAGGCUCAACCAGAUCCGGAUCUGGCUAUAUACCCCAGUGCUGCACAGCGCCAUCAGCAUCGUCGAAAACAUGCAGUUCGCACGCAAGGCUGUCGACCUAGCCAAGGAGACGAUUCAUUACUUGACAGAUCUCAACGCCACCACGAACAUCUACCGCCGCAUGCAAAUGUUCUACCACCAGUUCCUCACCUCCGCCAUCGCCGUCUUGUUCCUCGCUUCCACCCACGCACCAAUCCAGUUCAGCGCCUCCUGCCGCAGGGAAUUCUACAUGGCUCUCGAACUGAUCAAAAACAUGUCGGCAAAGUCAUGGGUAUCGCAACGGAUAUGGCGAACGAUUGGGUCCCUCAAGAAGUACGCUUCUCGGCUGGGAAUGGAAGAAGACAACUCAAACACUUCGAACCCGACGACCCGCAAUACAAACACCAUUGCCAGGCCGCACAGCCGCUUCCAAAAUGACGUUGCUGGUGAUAGUCCUGCAAGUAAUGUGUACAGCCCUGGUGCUGCAGCAUACUCCGGAGGAGGACCGUUUAGCCGCUCCGACGCCGUCUCUCAAGGGACCAGAGGCGGUGGCGGCGGAGGACUUGCCUCUGGCGCCUCAACCCCGGCGGCUCAUCAGAGCCAGCAGACCCAAGGAUUGUCGCCGCCGGAUGAUCAGACCAACGGGCUCAGGCUACAUACGGAAAUGUCACGCAUCUUUGAGAAUAUGCAAGGAGUGCGGCAGGGCGUGAACAGGAUUCACUCACCCGAUAAUAUGUCCCUAAGCAGCGGCGCUGGAGGCGGUGGUGGUGGGCACUUUGCUAAUCUGAUGAGCCCUCAUGAUGCUAGUAUCGCUGGAGGUAGGGCGUCGAUGGGAAGUCCGGCGUCUUCGAACGGGGCGGGGGUGUAUCAGCAGCUGAGGGAUAUGUUCUAG